CUAUGGCAAUUCUUCCUUGUUCCCGUUUAAGAUUGUAUUACAUAGUUAGUUUCGUUUGAUUUUAAUAUCAUGUGUGUAUUAUUGCUAUAAUGGUAUAAUUCAGACUUUGAUCAAAAUGCUCAAAUAUUUCAUUGGACUAUAUUUCGUAUGUUUGUUUGACAUACCAGAUAUUUCAGUUGAAUCAACAUUAAUAGGCACAUCCAAAGACAGAGGUAUAAGGGCAACUCAGAUAUACACAUCACAGAAGAAUAACCAUGUAACACUUAAGUGUGAUGUAAAUUUGUCAAAACAACAACUUGAUCAACCAUAUACCAUAAAGUGGAUUGCAAGUCGAAAUACACCUGUUAUGGAAACGUUCUUUGAGAAGGAAGCUGUCAUUGGUCAAUCGUUUACUGAUAGAGUUGAACUAGUGAAUGGAGGAACUUCACUUAAAAUAAACAGAUUAAAAACCCGGGAUACCAAAUAUUAUCUGUGUCGUAUAAAAAUGAAUGGUUCUCAUAAAGACGGAAAAUGGAUUCAACUUCAAGUUAAUGAUGAACCAAUACCAUUAAAACCAGUCAGUACCAAAAGUAGCACAACCACUCCUACUACUUCAACCAGAGGUGCUACUCCAUUAUCUGUGACCACCUAUACUGUUAGGGAUGAUGAUGGUGAUGAUGGUGGUGAUGAUACAGAAUCGAAGGGUCCAGGAGGGCCCACAUUAAAUACAGAUGUAUCAGUAGAUGAAUCAAAGGGGAAUUCCUCGGUGGAUGAAGUGACUUAUACAAAAACAACUACAACCUUAGACACAGAUAGUCAGUCGCUGAAAGAACCGACAGAAAUAUCUACCGUUGCCUCAACAUAUGACAAGACCCAAACAUUAUCAGAUAAAACAUCAGUAGAUAAAAAAGCACUACCUGUAAACUCUCUGGGGUUAGGACAAGAUUUAUCCACAAAUGAUAUAACAUCAGAAACUUUGACAUCUGAAUUAAAGACAAAUUUGCAUACAGCCACCAUGAUGAGUCAUUCAAACACAAAGUCGUUAACAGAAACAGUCAUUACAACAACAAAUCAACCCGAACAGGAAGAUAAGAUAACAACUAUGACAGAGACAGAUAAAACAACUAUAUCAAGGAAUUGGAGCAGUUCUUCAAGUGUUGAUAUGACCAGAACUAGCAUAUCAACAGAAACUACCCCCGAGUCAGUAACUAUAACUGAAGCAGGUGUUAAAACAACCAAACAACACGAACAGGAAGAUAAGACGUCAACUGAAACAAAGACAGAUAAAACAACUGUGUUAAGGAAUGGGAGCAGUUCUCCAAGUGUUGAUAAGACCAGAACCAGCAUAUCAAAAGAAACAACCCCAGAGUCAGUAACAUUAACUGAAGCAGCCGGAAAAACAACAAAUCGUUCUGAACAGGAACAUAUGUCAACUAACAUAAAUACAGACAGAACAUUUACAUCAAGGAAUGGGAGCAGUUCUUCAAGUGUUGAUAUCACCAGAACCGGAAUAUCAACAGAAACUACCCCCGAGUCAGUAACUAUAACCGAACCAGGUGUUAAAACAACAAAACAAUCCGAACAGGAAGAUAAGACGUCAACUGAAACAAAGACAUAUAAAACAACUAUAUCAAGGAAUGGGAGCAGUUCUCCAAGUGUUGAUAUGACCAGAACCAGCAUAUCAAAAGAAACAACCCCAGAGCCAGUAACUUUAACUGAAGCAGGUGACAAAGCUUUUUCUGUAGGUAUAUCCGAGUUGACAACAGAACCAUCUGUGAAGGUUUCGAUGACAACUCUUAGUGCAAAAAGUUCUUAUGAAACAUCAACAACAUCACAGCCGCUCCAAACAACUACAAAUUCAGGUUUAUUUUUCAAUGUAACAAUCACAGAAAGAAAACUUAAUGUCAUUAAGCUACAAGUUAUAGUUUCUUCAACAAGGGGAGAAAAUUUUACAAUAUUGAAAUGGCUAUAUAAAACAGAAGAAAAUUCAACAAGAACAGAAACAAAACCUUUGAGAAGAGGUCAUAAUAUAGAUGAAUCCAUCAAAGUCAAAGGGUUAGAGAUAGGAUUCUGUUACAAUUUCCAAAUUGAUGUUGAAACACAAAAUGGUAGAUGGAUUGGUCCAAUUGACCAAAGGGCUUGUACAAAGCCAAGAGCACCUGGUCUAGGAACACAUACUAGGAAUACUACGACCACUUCCAUAACCCUGUUGAUUGAACAUCCUGCAGAUGGACAUUUUGAUAGUUUUAGAAUUGAUUAUGGAAUCAACGCUAAAAAGUUGUCAAUGACAGUGAACAAGGCUGUUGGUGUUAAUCAAACAAAGACAGAACUUACAGGACUGGUACCACAGAGUUGUUAUAACAUUGAUGUUUAUACCGUUUCCUUCUCAGAUAUAAGUAAUUCUCGUCCUUUAACCAAUGUGUGUACUCAGACACCAUUGGAUCCUAACUCCUACACGGUCAUAUAUGAUGAAUCAUCAUUUAGAAUCAUCUGGGUAAAAUUUAGUGAUGAAUAUCAUGUAAAUGUAUCCUGUAACUACGUGUCACGGGUGGUUUCUUUGAACAAGCCUUCAUUAACUGUGAAUGGAACUGUUCCUGGAGAUUGUUAUGUGUUGAAUGUAAAGAAUUGGAAUUAUUCAGUAUCCCGUCAGUACUUUGUUCAUGUGAACGAAACUUUACCAGAGUACCCUGUAGUAAUCAGUAAUGUCACAACAAGAACCAAUUUAGACCUGACAUGGAUAGAGCCCAUCAGACGUAAUGGUUGGAUCCAUGGAUACACUGUAAAUCUGUUUGAUAGUAAAGAUACUACCAUAGAAAAUUAUACUGUUUCCUGUAUACAGCCUGAACCAGAAUGCAGCAUAAAUGACUCUAACUGGACGCAUCAGAAGAAUAAGUGCUCAGAUUUUAGUCUGGUCAAUAAUAGGAAUGCCAACAUUUCCUACAACAACUCACAGUUCUAUUUAUUUAUCGGAGGAUUAAAACCAGGGAUGAUAUAUCACUACAGUAUAAUAGCUGUUAAUAAAGCUGGUUCCAACACUACAGACAGAAUAACAGUCAUUACACAGGAAGAUAAACCAGAGUCUCCAGCGUCAUUGGAUGUUACAGUACUGAAUGUGACCACCAUGAGUAUAACAUGGUCACCACCUAAUGUAACCAAUGGUGUUAUAACAGGAUACAAUGUUAGUUAUUGUAGCAAUGGUAUUAGUGGAUGUAAAUAUACUGUUUUAGAAGGCAUGACUUCUGUAAUAUUAAGGAGUUUAGAAUGUUGGAGAGAGUACCUGGUAUGUGUGUCAGCUCUAACAUCAGCUGGAGCUGGAUCCCAAAAGUGUGGAGUAAAGAACACAAGUGUUUACGAACCUCAGUCAAAGAUAAGUAAAUCAACUGCUGGCAACACAACCAUUAAACUUGAGUUUGAGGUGCCAUGUGAUAGUGUGGAUGCACCAAUCAGCUACCAAAUAACCUACACAUCUUUGAAUCAUACUUGUACAGGGGGCCAGACAAAUGUUACCAGUUGGUGGGAAUGUUUUCCAUUGCAUCCAUGUGAGAUAACAGGACUGUAUCCCUACUGGGAUUAUUUUAUCAAAGUACAGGAAACAGUAGAAAACAAUUUUGGUGUUUGGAGCAAUGAGCUCAAAAUCACUACACUUCAUUCUGUUCCUGAAGAAGUUCGAAAUGUAAGAGCAGAGAAUAUAAAAUCUGACAGUUUGACAGUGUGCUGGGAAAAGCCAUGUUUUCUCAACAGUGAUGCAGUAUUUUACAAUGUGACAUUAGAUGAAGAUACUCCAUAUAUUAUGAUAUCUAGAUCUGGAGCAAUACCAGGAACAGAAUGUACAAACAUCACUAAUUUGUUACCAUAUACAAAUUACACAAUAUCUGUCACAGCAAGUAACCAGUACGGGAAAGCUGACCCUGAAAUUAUUGUGAAACAAACUGAUAUAGCAGUGCCAAAUCAACCCAGAUUUAGUGACAUUGAAGAACAUGCCACAAUGAUGAAAGUAGAAUGGGAGCCACCAUAUCCCUACACUGGUCCUACAAGCUACACAGUCACAGUCAGGGAUAUAGAAAAUAGUGAAACCAAAGACUGCAAAACAUCAGUGUAUAACAAGACAAGAUGUUCUGUGUAUGGUUUAGAAGAGUACUGGCGAUAUGAAGUAACUAUAACAGCCCAUACAGAAAGAGGAUAUACACAAUAUAAACAUCCACAUAUUAUUCAGACUAAACAGUCAGCGCCAGGUCCAGUUACUCACCUGAGAGUAAAUCAUGAAAAAGAUCCUGAAAAACCUCGCCUGGUCUUCAUAACCUUCAGCCCUCCAGUAUACAGGCAGAGAAACGGUGUAAUAAAGGCUUACUAUGUCAAAUGUCAUGACACAAGAACAUACAGAGAUAUACAAGUGGUCAAACUGACCAAUAAUCUGACUGAACUGAAGAUGGUCGUACCAGACCAAGUUCUCCUUAAUAUUAGUGUUUUUGCAGAAACCGUUGCGAAUGGAACAGAAGUUUACCAAACAGUUAUUGUACCAGCAGGAGCUAAAGAUUUGCCUAUUGGAGGAGCCCUUGCUGGUGCAUUUUUCGCCAUCUUUUUGUUUAUAAUAAUAGCCAUUGUUGUUAUACUGUACAGAAAACAAAUGGUAUGCUUCAAACCUCCACCAAAAGUGACAGAAAAAGUAAAUUUGACAGGUGUAAAACAGAAUAAAAAAGUCUCUGGUGAUCAUGAGGACACAAGAAAAAGCAGACCAGUGAAAAUAGAUAAAUUCUAUCAACAUGUAGAACUUCUAGCUCGUGAUUCAGACCAUUUCUUUUCCAAGGAAUAUAAGGAGUUGAAAGCCAUGGCACCAACGCACCCUACAGAGGCAGCUGUUCAACAGGAAGCCAGAACAAAGAACAGAUAUUCUAAUAUACUGCCAUUUGACCACAGCCGUGUAAAGUUACUUCCCCUGGAUGAUGAGGAUGGAUCUGAUUAUAUUAAUGCUAACUAUAUUCCUGGUUUUAAUUCCAAGAGAGAAUAUAUAGCAACACAAGGACCUCUGCCUUCUACUAAAGACGAUUUCUGGAGGAUGAUUUGGGAGCAAAACGUCAGCGUGAUUGUAAUGUUAACACAGUGUGUAGAGAGAGGGAAGAGAAAAUGUGAGUGUUACUGGCCAGAGUGUGUAAAAGAACCAGUGUAUUAUGGAGAUUUGAGCAUAGAAAUAGAAAAUGAAUCUCAUCUUCCAGAAUAUGUUCUAAGAACUAUCACUGUAACACUUGGAAAUAUCCAGAAACGCAUAAUGCAUUUCCUGUACUUAGCAUGGCCUGAUAUGGGCGUUCCUUCCUCUACAGACAACAUGAUUUCAUUGGUCAAAACUGUUAGAUCACAUAUCAAUCCAACAAUGAAAGGACCAAUGACAGUCCACUGCAGUGCUGGUGUUGGGAGGACAGGAACAUUUAUAAAUGUAGAUGUACUACUGCAUCAGUUAGACAAUGAUUAUAACCAGAUUGAUAUCUUUGGAGAAGUUCUGAACCUGAGGAACAAUCGCUGUAACAUGGUACAAACAGAGGACCAGUACGUAUUUAUCCACCAUUGUAUUAGUGAUUACAUCCUGGCCUUGGCAGAGGACACUGAUGAGGAAGAGGCUGUUGAUGGAGGGGAUGAGCCAAUGUAUCAGAAUGUUCCAUCAAAAAAAUAACUGACCAGUGAAGGUGUUAAUGCUGGGAAUUUAUGUUAGCUAGUUUUUUUUGUCAUGAAUUGUAAUGAUCAUUGGUAUAAUUAUUUCAUGUUUUUAUCUUGUUAAGUAGCCAUCCAUCAUCAUCAUCAUCAUCAUCAUCAUCAUAUUCAUCUUUUUAUCUAGUCAUAACAGCAGUUUGAGGACUUUGUUAGUUUGUUAAUUGCUUUUUAUUGUGUUUGCAUCAUGUAUCUUGUCAAUGGAUUACCGGUACAAUAUUGUUUUUUAACUGACUUUGUUGAUAAUAAAAUUGCAUGCAUCAUAAUAUAUAUAUAUGUUAAUCUCA